AUGAUAACCAUUUGCAAACUAUAUUAGCAAGUCAAACCGAGAUCAUCGAAUUAAGAAAGGAAAAUGGUAAUCUUGUUCGAUACUCUGCGUCUGCUAUCGGAAAAAGCAUUAUGCUAUUAAAAAGAAUUGUAAAAAUAAAUCAAAAAGUGA